AUGCUACGAAGAGCAUACAGUGUAUUUUUGAUCAUAAAUAUCUUUAACAACAAGUCAGCCAGUUGUUUCGAUAGUUUUUACGCGGUGAGAACAAAUGAUUAUCCGAAAUCAUCGUGUCACAAAAUUGCAAAUAUAGAAACAGCUGGAGAAUGCCUGUUGACAUGUAAGAUUUCAGUGGAUGCAAUCGUCAUGAUCAGUCACGACAUAUCAGCAAAAAUAUGUAUGUGCUGCAAUGACAUCACCGGAAGUGACAUCAGUGGAUCAAAUUGGAAAACAUUUAUUGAACCACACUGUGCAAACGGUUCUGCGCCUUACAACUUGUCAGGCUCUCAAAUAUGUCUGAAGUAUUUCCCAGUGCCUGUCAUUUAUGCAACUGCUAAGGCCAACUGUGAAGCUGAAGGGGGCAAUCUCAUUAAGAUUGAUUCACAGGAAAAGUACGACAUUUUCAAUGAUUAUCAUGUGUCAGUUGCAAACAAUACAGUCAUUCAAGUGUGGGUCCAAGGGGAAAAGAUAGGAGGUCAAUGGAGGUUUGAUGACGGAACUCCAAUACCUGAAUACUGUCGCUUUAGCAUGAGUAAUGGACCGACUGAAGUGCAUAUGAGGGCAUUUGGGUCUACAUCGUUCGCCUGUGGUGAUAAUCCAAACGGCAGUCCAUUUAAUUAUUCCUGCGAGUACCCAAAAGAAAGCUCUGCCACACCCGGACUCAGUUUUGACUGCUUUAUAGAUGAAGAUACAUGCAUGAUGGGAUCCUGUACUGAUGAUGCCACUGUUGAUAAAGGCAAAUGA